UUAUAGUGACAUAUACCUGUCCACAGAAGAAAAGGAAAAGAAAAAAAAAAAAAAAACAAACCGUCAUACAACCCAACCCAGCCAAAAGCAGAACAAUGUCCCGCAAAGGUGUCGGCCUCGCGGCCUUUGACCGCAGCCGGCUGACAUCGGCCCAGUACGCCACCCACGGCUCGGCCCUCCGGACCUCCAACGCGCAGGCUCUGCAGACGCAACUCGAGGUCUUCCGGUCCCUGCUGCAGCAGUUCGCCCAGACCCACGCCAAGGACAUACGGUCGGACCCGGCCUUUCGCGCCCAGUUCGCCCGCAUGUGCGCCGCCAUCGGCAUCGACCCACUCGCCAGCUCGAGCUCCGGCAAGGGCGGCGCCGGGUCCGUCUGGGGCCAGCUGCUGGGGAGGUCCGUCAACGACUUCUACUUUGGGCUCGCCGUGCGCGUGGUCGAGGUCUGCGGCCAGACGAGGGGUGAGAACGGCGGGCUGCUCGAGGUCAGAAAGGUCCGCGAGAUGAUUCAGCGGAGCAGGAGUGAGGGCUCUGCCGAGGUCACCGAGGACGAUAUAUUUCGGGCCGUGGGAACGCUGAAGCCCCUUGGGUCUGCGUACUCUAUCAUCAAGGUCGGCAGCAAACCCUACAUUCGAUCCAUCCCCAAGGAGCUGAACACGGAUCAGAGCGCCGUGCUCGAGGCCGUGCAAGUGCUCGGCUACGUGAGCAUCUCCAUGCUCAUGGCGAACCUCCGCUGGUCUCGACCGAGGUCGCAAACUGCCAUCGAAGACCUCCUCGGCGAGGGCAUGCUUUGGGUCGACAAGCAGAGUGAGGAAUGGGAGUACUGGAGUCCUAGUUAUAUGCUUGGCCCGCAGGCAGAGUCGAGUGGAGAGUGAAACGUGACGGAACAUGACUGAAGAAGCUAUAAAAAGAACGUCACCGAGACAAGUCCUUAUCGUCGCUGAAAAGCACUCAGAAGUCUAUAGGCCGGCCGGGCGCAAGAGUCGCUCGUGGAGCCAUCGAACCAGCCCGCGCUGGAAAGGGAUGGCCAUACCUCAACCGCCAUGGCACUCAUGGGAGAUGAAGCAGAGGCAAUGGCACAUUGAGAAGUCAAGCAAGUCCACAAAUACGCCUCUUUGGAAAAUAACUUUCUGGAAGUUAUAUGCGGCCAGGAUAUUAGCGGGAAAGGACAGCUGAAGACAAGCCUGCUGGCAACACAAUUGAGGCAUAUGCGUUCAAGAGAAGAGAGAAUAAGGCUGGCUGGCACAUGAAACAGAAUAGGAGGCAUCACUGAAUACUGGGGCACUGAACACACCGAGUGUUCAUCUGAGUAACCCCAAGGUUUACUGCCCAAAGACUCAAAACAACAUGCACUGUGGAUAUUACCCAGGCGGGCUUGUGUGGAAGUCACUCUUUAACAGACGGUAUCCGCUUCAAUUAUGGCUCUUGACCAAGCCGCAGGUAUCGAACAUCAAUAUUAUUGGCAUAUCUUCAUCUACCGAAAAAUCAAACAUAGAAAGCUGGAUGUGCCAAGAAAAUACAAUAUGCCAGGGCGGCGAUACAUAUAAAUAAUUGUACCUUGGCGACCUAUCUCGCCUCUGUUACCAGGUCGUCGAGGCAUCACGCCAUUAUCCAAUCAGGCCCUGAUCCUUCUCCAAAGGCACCAACCCCAAUCCCCUCAACGCCAUUGCAGCAUCGAAUUUGCUAAACCCUAACCUAGAUCACACGUCUUCUCGCCUAGUAAGGUGGGUUGGGGCCCAUAGGAGGGUAGUCCUCCGGCCGGCCGCCGAGAGAGCUGGGGCGGCCACCAGGGCCACCAUCACCAAAGUGCUUCUUGCGAAGAGCUGCGAGGCGCUUCUUCUUGGUGAUGGUGUUGACGUAGGUACCAAUGACGAACGAGACAAGGUUGAAGAAGGGUACCCAGGUCUCCUCGGGCAGGAACUUUUGGGCAAAGGCGAGGCAGAUGGGCGAUGUAACCCAAGAAACCUUCAUAACCUUCCAGAAGCCGACGCGGACGGUGGCACGGACCUGGUGGUACGUACGGGCACCGGCGAUGAGAGCCAUGGCUGUCAGGUAGACUGAGUUCUGGAUCGGUGCGAUGAUGAGGUUGCUGACGAUGAUCUGCAUGAUCUUGGCACGCAGGCUGGUGCGGUUCUUGAAGGCCUUUUGCAGCAGCCAGAUGAGGAAGUGUCCCAUUGGUGCUGAGACCAGGGCACCGUAGGCAGCCAUCUUGGGAACGCGGCUGGUGAAGUAGUUUCCGUGCUUGUUCCUGUCCUUGGCGAGAAACGAGGCGAUGAGCUCCUGGGCGCCCGACAGCGUGCCGGCCGUCAGCAUCUUGGUGCGCAGCGGAUUGUCCUCGAGCUGCUUGAUGUAUGCGGCGAGGUAGCCCUUGGUGCCGGCCAUGCCCUUACCACCCGUCAGCGCGGUGCCGACCGCGGCAGAGACGGGGUGCUUCCCGCUGGUGCCGGGGAGGGGAGCAUUUCGGGCUUCGGAAAGCUUUGACGACACCUGCUCCGCAACCUUGGCAGCCGUGGAGGUGCCCGUUUCGAACGUGUCUCGCUCGAUCUUAAGAGACAUGGUGCCAACGUGUCUUGUUAUAUAGAGGGGCAGUCAGAUCGCUUCAGGCUGGCAUGUAAGGUGGUCGGGUCGGGUUCGGUCGGGUCGGGUCCGAUCGUCUGUGUGUACAAUGACAACACUAGUGCUAUUUUGAAGUGAUUAAAUUCGCGAUUGCACCCAUUCGAAGCUCAGGUGCAGGUAUUGGGCGGUGUUUUGAUUUCA